AUGCCCGGCCCGCAACUGACCUCUCUCUCUCUCGCGCUCGCUCGCUCGCUCCCCGCGCGCGCCCAGGCCGCCCGCGCCCCCUCCAGGACCUGCCCCGGGCUGACCCUCCUUCCCCGGCCCUGGCCGGGUGCUCACCUCCUGGGGUCCGGCUUCCGUCGCUCGUCCAGCUUGGCGGUUGAGUGUGGGGCUGCAGCAACCGCUGCCGCCGCCGCCUUCGCUGCCACCGCCGCCGCUGCCGCCGCCUCCGAAGCGCUGCCCGGCGCGCCGCCGGGGCUGGAAGCCGGGAGCCCGCGGGAGCCCGGGAGGCGCGGGCCCGGGGCGCGGCGGGGCCGAACCGCGGGAAGUUGUCGGCGUGAGGCGCGGGGCUCGAGCCACCCCCGCCCAAGUAGUCACAACUUUGCCGCCCGGGUGGGUGCGCUCUCCGGGGCGGAGGGAGGCGAGGACCGGGCGAGGGCGCGGGGGCGGGAGGGUCUCCGGAGCCGGCGGGACUGGACCCUGAAAGAGGGGAGCGAGCGAGCGCGGGGGCAGAUGUCUACACGGCCCGCGUGGUGCGCGGCGGGUGAGUGUGUGAGAGCGCGGGGCGUCUACUCUACUUUGCCUUCUGCAGCUCCUGCAUAUUUAUGGGGAUCGCCGAGGUUCCUGCCGGUAACUACCACUGCAGCGGCGGCGCCCGGCCCGGACGCCCCUCGGGAGCGAGCCCGGGGAGGGGGGUGGAUCGGGAGGGCGGCGGUGGCGGAGGCUGUGCCACGAGCGCGAGCCAGCGAUCCAUAUUUAAAGCCGCGACUGGCCUCGGCCGGCCCCCCGGCCCUGCCCUCGCUCGCGCCCGCCCGCCCGGCCCCCACCGCUCCGGGCCGCCGCUCGGCGUCACCAGCCCGGGCAUCGCGGCGGCGGGGAGGGGCCUCGGGCCGCACCGCCCCCGGGGGCCCGGGCUCUGCGCGCCGCGUCCGGCUGGAACUGACCGAAGACCCGGCUCCCGACCCGCCGCCUCCGCUUCCCUGGCUUGGUGACAAGAAAAAUGAACAGAAAAAAUUAAUGGAAUUAGAAAAACAGUAUAAGUAA